AUGGUUUUCAAUCCGUUCCUGGGAAUGAUGAUUCCCUUGACCAUGAUGGUGGCACCCUGCAACCCCACCAGAGUUGUGAAGAUCCACAAGAAGCAGAAGAAGCGCAAGCAACGUCGGCCGUCUACAAGUGUCACUGACCAAAGUCAGAUUGCUGAUGCUGUUGAUAGUGACAACCUGGCCUUUCCUACAGAACCUGGUGAUGGAUUCCCUGGUGCUGCUGCGGCUCCUCCUGCAGACAGCCAACGAGAUGAAUCAGUGGCAGUGGAUUCAAUUGACCCUGAGGUUCUCUUGAAGCGCAAAGAAGCCUGCCAUCGCAAGCUGAUGGAUUUUUUGAGGUGGGUGAUGCCUGCUGAUGUCUAUGUCGCUGACAUCGUUUUCUUUGAGGCAAUGAUCAAGCGAUUCCUGGCUAUGGACGCUGAAUUGCAUGGUGGACACGCAGCCCUGGUUUGGCCUUUGAUUUUGUCAUUGUCCUACAAGUUCUUGGCUGGGAAGAAUCUUUGCGAGUCACUUCUCAUACUGAUCCUGCGAGGGCGGCGCAACCAGAUGAGGUCAGGUGUCCAGGAUUUUAUGGAGGAUGCUUUAUCGAGCCGCGGCUUGCGGCUGCUGAUUGACAGUUUGAGUUGCCUCAAGUAUGCUGGACUUGUCUGGAUAGCGACGAAAUGUUCGUCGUUUGUGGUGCUCUGCAGAUGCCAAAGUCAGCGGACGUCAGCCAAUCAAUUUCUUGGCGAUGUGACUCGUGCUUUCGUGCGCAAUGGGAAUGGGCUAAUGGAAGUUUCAGCACUGCUGUAUCUUUUAGCAUUUCUACUUGGAUUGUGGCCGGUGAUCGAACAACCCACCUCGAGUGUUCUGCCUGACUGCUUGGCUAUGAAAGUUGUGCUCCAAUUCACACGAUCCGUCAAAUGCCAAACAUACAUGGGAUCAUAUGGCGGCCCUAGCCAGAAGCCCCUUCAGUUGUGGAGUCCUUUCAAUCGCAUUUCCGUGCUGGAACGCCGACGCCCAGUAGACAUGAUGAGUGAACCUUUGGUGAGGCGGCAUGGAGAUCAAUUCACUGGUCACAAGGGCCGGCUGACGGAAAGCCAAGAGUAUACCCGUGCUUUUGGCCGUGCUGUCUUGGAGAUGUGCAAAGUUGAGUGGGAGGACGAGCCAGUUUAA